AUGGGUAUACAUAACAGUAAAACUGAAACCAGUGAUGAAAAUCUACACAACGACUGUUGCAACCAACAUCUUCCAAUCGGAGGAUAUGAAAAACUGCCGCUUGUUUCCCUUGAAGCAGCUGUUGAACCGUUGGUCUCUCUUCUACCAUCCGUGCAAACUUACGUUCAAUUAGUGAAACGAAAAUGUGAAAAUCCAUCCGACGGCUUAACAACAGAUCAAUCUGCAUCCAUCAUGCUUUGCACAGUUCGAUGGCAACCGUUUGAUCAAUGUCUAUCUGUUGUUCUAAAUAGCAUCUUACGUUCCGGUGAUCGCGAGAAAUUAAAGCCCUGGUUUCUUUAUCUAAAACUUCUCUUGACUGCACUUUCUCGUUUACCAGCGAGCCAUCAAACUGUUUAUCGAGGAAUAAAGUGUGAUGUUAGUCGAUUUUAUCCGAAAGGCAAAACCAUUACCUGGUGGGAUUUGGUGCUGUGUAUGAAAUCUCUCGAUCUGUUGCAAUCAGAAAGUUACCUUGGUCGCAAAGCUGGGCAAACGAUAUUAACCAUUGAAUCGAGAUCAUGUCGAGAUAUCAGUAAACAUUCGUUUUACUCAACCACAGAUAUGAUUCUUCUCCUACCUGCAACACAAUUUCAAGUUAUGCAUUGUUUGAAACAAAAAGGCAAAUUUUUCUGGAUUCAACUGAAAGAAAUUCAAUCUCCAUUUGUUCUCCUACAAUCCGUAUCCGUUGUUUCUCAACUGUCUCAGGAUUCUGUCCAUGUCGAUGCAUCAUCCUUGCGCACAAAAUCUCCACCGACUGAUACGUAUCAUCACAAUCAAAAAUUAGAACAAUUGAUUGCUCAACAUCCAAGAAAUUCACCAAUCUAUCUUAAACUUGAACAAGUGACAAAUAAUGAUGUGAAGAUGAUUGUUGAACAAGCAGUUUUCGGGAAAAAAUGUACUGAACUUUGGCUAUGCAAUGCACAGUUAACAUCGCAAAAUGCAUUGUUCCUUUCCAAUAGUCUAUAUAACAAUCCAACAUUGACAAAACUAAAUCUGAAUGAUAAUUUCAUCCGUGAUCGUGGUGUUCAUGCACUGGCACGCAUUCUUUCGUUAAACAAUACCAAAUUGAGAGAACUCUUUCUUGCACGGAAUAGUAUCACAAGUGAAGGUGCGCAAUACUUAGCUGAAAUGUUAUAUACUAACAUAACAUUGACAAAUCUUAGUUUACUCGGCAAUCGAAUCGACGAUAAUGGAAUCAAAAGUAUUAGUCAUGUUUUGAGUUAUUAUAAUUCCACGUUAGAAUGUUUAUAUCUGUCGGGAAAUGAUCUGAUGACUGAUAGGAGCAUCGAUUAUCUUAUUGAUAUGCUUAAGUACAAUCAAACAUUGAAAAAACUUUAUUUGUUCAAUUGCAACUUGUCCGAAUCGGCAAAGAGACGGUUAUUGGAUGAAGCUCAACAAAAGAAACAUUUGACUAUAUAUGUAUAA